CUUUUUCACUUCCUAUUUUUCAACUAAGAUUCACUUUAAAUCCACUGAACAGAAUCCAACGAAAAUUUCCUGAGUGUUUCUCCAUUAUCUAUAAAUAUGUUUUAGAGUUAUAAAUGUUCAAUAAUAUAUAUAUGAAAAUAAUUGAAAGACCAAAGGUCAAGGUCACUUCAAAGAUGGCGGCCUCCAUGUCAACAUGCAGAAAAUAUCUUUUACACUUUGUAAAUGAGCAUAUUGAUUUUAGAUUAGCGGAGUUGAAGUCUAUUGUGAAGUUGUGUGGAACUGAGCUCAAAUAUGAUGAACAAAGUUAUGAUAAAAAGAAUCCUUUCCUCAUUGUUGGCCUCCCAUCUGAAUCAUGUGCCAAGAAAAUAAUGAAGAGGGCUAUACUAAUCAGGUCAAUGUAUGAACUGUGGGCAGAGGGGAAUAAUAGGGACCAGCUGUGUACUAACAUCAAAAACAUCCCUACAGAGCAGUUGCGCCCAUAUCUCAGUCCAGAUUUGAGCUACAGAUUUAAGAUUGAGACGUUCAACAAGACAAUCAGCAUGGAGGAUAAACUGCAGCGAAUAGAGAAUAUGCCAUAUGACGUUCUGGACUUCCAAGGCAAGGUAAAGUUGAAGAACCCAGACCACAGCUUUCAUUGGAUUGAGUAUUAUGGGUAUGCCAAUGCCCCACCCACACCAGAACCCACAAAGCUGUACUUUGGAAGAUGGAUUGCUGAUGGCCAGAGGGACAAGAUUAGGGAAUAUCACUUACAGAAGAGACAUUUUAUAGGUAACACAAGUAUGGAUGCAGCAUUGUCUCUCAUUAUGGCAAAUGUAGGACUUGUCAAGGAAAAUCUGUUUGUGUUCGACCCCUUUGUGGGUACUGGUAGCUUGCUAGUUGCUGCAGCACAUAACGGAGCAUAUGUUAUGGGGACAGACAUUGACUUUCAAUUGCUACAUGCUAAAGCUAAACCAAGCCGAGUAAAACAGAAAGUCAGAGCCAAAGAUGAGAGCAUACACGCAAACCUUAAACAGUAUGGCUUUGGUCACUUGUAUCUUGAUGCGCUGGUCGCUGAUGCAUCUAAUACACAACUAUGGCGGGAACAGCCUCUCUUUGAUGUCAUUAUUACAGAUCCUCCUUAUGGUAUACGUGAAGCAGCUGUCAAGUCUGGGAAGAAGAAAACUCCAAAUGAAGUUGCAGAAGAACAUAAAGAGAAGUACAUCCCUCCUAAGGUGCAAUAUGGACUGUCAGAUAUAUACAAAGACUUGCUUAACUUUGCUGCUAAAUACCUUGUGUUAAAUGGCAGACUUGUCUACUGGUUACCCAUUAUAAGAACAGAUUAUUCAGAUGAUAAUGUCCCUCAACAUCCAUGCUUCAAGCUGCAGUCCAACUGUGAGCAAGCAAUGACUGAAACCAUAGGACGACGUCUUAUCACAAUGGAGAAAGUCAUAGACUACCAGGAGCAGUCAGAUGAUUUCAAAGCAACAUAUGUGAAGGACCAUUACACUAAAAGCUUCAGGGAGAGAUAUUUUACAAACUGGGGCCAACCCAAAAAUAUAGAAAAAUCUCAAACAAAUGACACUACAAAUCCAGAACACAAACAUUCUGAAUAUAAACAGCCAAUGUCAACAGACAAAAGCACCAUAGCAACAAACAAUGAAUCGAUAGCAACAAACAAUGCAUCUAUAGCAAAAAACAAUGAACCCAUAACACAAUCAGGAGUUAUUCAUAAACAUUGUGAUUUGUCAGAGCCAAUAGAAGUUGAGCUCCAACAUGGAGCAAUUCCAGAACAGCAUUGACAAAAGGUACAUUGUACUUUAUAUAGAGUAUAUGAGGGGUGAUCAUAAAGUUCUGGUAAUAUCUUUCUAAUCUUUAUUAUCUCUUUCACAGAAUGUGGAACUCACAAUAACUUAUUAGUUCCAUCAUAUAGCUUCUGCGUUGUUAAAUGUUACCAACUAAUGACAAUUAUCAUGUCAUUUAUGAGAAUAUAUUGAAAAAUAAAAAAUGAAAACUUUAUGAUCACCCCUCAUGUGAAGGUUUGAUUGUUUAUGUUCAAUGUUACUUGCAUGUUGUUUUUCACUCAGAUAAUCAUAAUUUGUAAUGUUAUACAUGAAAGUGACACUGUAUGUAUCCCUUCGAUUGAAAUUGCCUCUGGGCAAUAACUCAAAAACCAGUAUUUGGAUUAGGUACAAGUUAAUAAGCUGAUGUUUUAUGGGCAUAAGACUUCACUCCGGAAGAAAUUGUCCAAAAGACACAAUUCAAAGAAGAAAUAAAUUUUAAGAUAAAUAACUUUAUUUUUAUAUACAAGUAUUUUCUUACAAUUAACUGUUGUUCAGAUAUAUUGUGUAUAAGUUUAUGUGGAGGAAUGAGUUCUGUAUCCCACACAUAAAACAGAAGUAAUUCUUAAAAGCUGAUGGAUUUAACAGUUUACAUUGUCUUAAGUGUUUUUCUUAUGUUGCAAACUUUUCUUUGUCAUACUAGCAUGGAGUUGUAUCUUCUCCAUCAAGCCUAUCCAUCUCCAUCUCCUAUCAAGAUUUACAGUAAUUUAGAUACAAUACGUAAAACUGUAAUAGCAAUAUGUUGUAAAUGUUAAAAAAUUAUAUAGGACAUUUAUAAAGCUAGAAAUGUAGAUAUUAAAGAACCACAUGGC